CAUAUCAUGAAUUUAGGUCAUUCCCGGGGUAAAUAGGUAAAUAUGACGAACCGAUACACAGAAGGUGAGCAAAGUUUGAUUUUGAAGUUGAUUCAGUACUUCCAAAGGGAAAAAGAAGCAGGCAAAACUUUAUUACCCGUAAGCGCAGUAUAUGAUAGGGUUUGUGCUGCUCUGGGUGUAUCGUUGUCGACUGUAAAAAGAAUUAGUACAAGAGGUGUUAAAAAAGAUGACGAUUACAAAUCGCAAAAAAGUGUGGCUAUUAGUUUAUCUCACGGACCUCCGCUGCAUGAAAUACAUGAACAUGUAAUAAGGACACGGAUUUAUGCAAUGUAUGCCACAGUAAUCUUCAACGACUUGAUGGCGUAG